AUGGAGCCUCAAGGGGAUCAACAGCCCGUGAUCCAAGAACCAUCAUUCACCGUCGCGCAUCAAAAGGUUGAGCUUGAUGUCAAUUUCAGCCAAUAUAUCAGAGGCAGGACCGAGAUCACCAUCUACCCUGACUCUACGGACCUCAAAGAGAUCAGCCUGCACGGCCGACAAUGUACAAUCAACAAGGUUCUAGUCAACGGCAUCCCGCCAUCCUCAGUACGGCAUGAAGAUCCCUGCGAUCAGCUUACGCUCCAUUUUCAUGGCACAGUCUAUCAACACCACGUUCUGGCAGAGAAGGUGGCGAGAUCGGUUGGGGCGGAGCCGUUGCCGGAUAUCACCAUUAGCCUCCCAAAGAGAUUGAAGAUUGUGCCAGUCGCGGUCGCAGAAGUGCACACCCAGGCUGCUGGCUCCAUCAAGAUCACAGAUCCACAAUCUCAAGGUGCUUCUGCCACCGAACUCACACACGCGCUGUCAGAUGCCACUGCUGCGAAAUUCACCCCUUUGACGCUAAUAAUCGAGUUUGAGUCCUGUCAUGCACGAGAGACUGUGCACUUCGUUUCUGGCAGGGGUGGGAACGGUCGCUGGCCUCAUGCGUAUACUCGAAGCAAGCUGGGCCCUGGUGGUGCCUCGCCGUUGUUUCCAUGCGUGGACGAAAUUAAUAGUCGAUGCACAUGGGACAUUUCUAUCAAAUGCCCGAGGACUGUGGGCGACGCUAUUGACCAAGCAGUGUCACUCGAUAGUGUACAGCGCAAUCUAAACAAAGCCACAAAGCCACCGUCUCGCCAAACCUACGGCACGAAAGAGAUGAUCGUGGUCUGCUCGGGUGAGCUCACCGAUGAGAUCUUAGACAAAGGAGAUCCUACGACGAAGACCAUGUCAUUUUCCUGUUCACAGCAGCUGGCGCCGCAGCAGAUCGGCUUCGCAAUCGGACCUUUUGAGCAGGUCGAUUUGAGUGAGCUUCGAGAUGCACAAGAGGUCGCUGACAUCGGCCGCAAUGCAGUUGAGAUGUUAGCGUAUUGCUUGCCUGGACGAGCAGAGGAGACCAGAAACACCUGCUUGCCAACAACCAAGGCCAUGGACUACGUCGUCCAGAAAUAUAUAUCCUGCCCCGUCAGAUCCUAUGCCAUGUGCUUUGUCGAAGAUGCUCCUUCUGAUGUCUCCAUUUUUGCGGGUGUCACAAUCUGCAGCACUAGAAUCUUGUACCCGGAAGAAGUUAUCGACCCUGCUCAGGAGGUUACGAGGAAAUUGGUAUAUGCCAUUGUCUCUCAGUGGAUUGGUGUCAACAUUGUUGCUGAGAAUCCUCGAGACAAUUGGGUCAUCGUAGGAGGUGCCUACUUUAUCACCAACCUCUUCAUGCGAGAACUCUGCGGUAACAACGAAUACCGGGCUUAUAUCAAGCAACAAGCAGAUCGUGUUGUGGAGCUAGACUAUGAACGACCUUCGAUCUACGACUUAGGCGCCGUUACCUACGUUGACCCGAAAGAGUCCGAGUUUUUGGCAAUCAAAGCCCCAGUUGUGCUGUUCAUCUUGGAUCGUCGCAUAGCGAAGAAAGAGGGUACAUCCAAAAUGCCUGGUAUCUUAGCGAAGCUCCUUACCAAGGCUCGAACGGGUGAUCUAGAAAACAAUACACUCUCGACGGAGUUGUUCCAGAAGACUGCUGAAAGGAUGGGCCACGACAAGAUCGAUGACUUUUUGGCCCAGUGGGUCAAAGGCGCAGGAUGCCCACGGUUCUUCGCUCAGCAAAGAUUCAACAAGAAAAAGCUGGUCGUCGAGAUGAGCAUUCGACAAGAACAGGCCUCACGCGAAACCGUGCGGGAUCUGGAUCCCGACAACUUCAUGCGAGAUGCCCGCGACGACUUCUACGGAGUGUGGCCUGCGACCGCUCAACAAGUAUUCACCGGGCCGAUGACGAUUCGGAUUCACGAAGCGGAUGGUACUCCUUACGAACAUAUUGUGCAGAUCAAGGACGCCAAUACUGUCAUGGAAGUCCCAUACAACACCAAAUACAAGCGCCUCAAACGAAGCAAGAAGCAGAGGGCUCGCGCGAACACUAAAGUUAACACGGAACAGGGAGAAGAGGAGAAUGACUCUCUCGUCUAUUGUCUGGGUGACGUGCUGCAAACUGAGGAGGAGAUGGCGAAUUGGCGAAUCAAGGAGUGGACUUCCGAACAAGAAGACAGGAUGAACAGCGAAUCCUAUGAAUGGAUUCGACUGGAUGCCGACUUUGAGUGGAUUUGCACCAUGAACCUGGCCAUGCCAGGGUACAUGUACGCAUCCCAACUACAACAAGACCGAGAUGUCGUGGCUCAGAUAGAAUCGAUCCGCACAAUCUCACGAUAUCCACCGGAUGCAACUACCUCCUCCAUUUUCAUUCGCACUCUGAUGGAUCGUCGAUAUUUCCAUGGCGUCCGGACUCUGGCGGCGAAGGCCCUGGUUAGGCAUGCUGCAGAAGAAGUCGACAACAUAGGCUUGUUUCAUUUGAGGAAGGCCUACGAAGAACUUUAUUGCGCCACAGAUCAAACUUCAGCCUUGACACGGCCCAACGACUUCUCUGAUCAACUCUCAUACAUGUUGCAGUGCGAAAUAAUCGAGGCUAUUGCGGAGGUCCGGAACAGUCAAGGACAUUCCCCGAAAGAAGUGAGAGACUUCCUGCUCGAGAAGCUAAAGUAUAACGACAACUCGGCGAAUGACUAUUCCGACGCGUUCUAUGUUGCUCGACUAAUGAAAGCGCUGACUGGUGCGGCCAUUGCACGACCCAGAUACAGCGAGUGGGAUAUUGCUGAAAACUUUGAAAUCGAAGACGAGAUUCACGAUCUGAAAGAAUUUGAGCGUCAGUUCCUGGACGAGAUUGACCGGUACCGCCGAAUGGAUGAGUGGACGAGUUCAUACCAGAACCUGUACUGCCGAACUGCUCUGGAGUGUCAGGCGAUGCUCGCUGCGGCGGGGAUCGGCCAGUUUUCACCCUUGCAUUUCUUACAGUACACCAGGCCCGGGAAUUUCGAUAUGCUGCGGCGGACAGCUUAUGACGUCCUGGUCACACCAAAGGUGUUUGACGACCCGUCCAUCCUGCGCUAUGUGCUGUAUUGCAUGGUCGCUGAUCCGUCGCCUUACAUCCGACAAAGCCUCCAGCGCACAUUCGGCAAGGUCCUCGGAAGACGAGCGAUUGGCGAGAAAACCAGCAUUGCACAACCGGCUGCUGAUUCUCUGAUUAUCGAAGGAGCCGCAGCCGACACGGAGGAGCCUUCGAAGCGGCAAGAAGAGCUUUCCAGGCGGCAGACGCUGGGAGGAGCGGUGAAAGCGUUGAGGGAGGAUCUUGGUCAAAAUGAGUUUCUGAAAUUGGCCCUGUGGAAUGCCAUCUGUUACGACCAGAUCACACUCGAGGAUCUACAGACUUUACUCGACUUUUGCCGCUUGUUGUACGAGCCGGUCAACGAGGUCAAAGUUUCACUACGAAUGCCUCGAUACUGGAAGGUGCAGAAUCUAGGAAAGGGCAAGCUCAAGUUCUCUGAGACUCGAAAAGUCCGCAACAAGCCCGUGCUGAGAUGGCAGCCUCCACCACCUCCCACUGCGGUCUUUGCUCCCCGUCCCGAAUUACCGCAAUCACGACCAAGUAUCGGAGGAGGAAGCGGCCUGAAGCUGAAGUUGAAGGUGGGCGGGGGUCACAUCGACGGUCAUUCCACAGGCCCGAAUCGUCAACCUUCGAUUUCUCUGUCAAAUCCAACACCAACACCACCCCCGAUUGCCCAUCACGCUAAGACAGCGCAGCAAAAGCAAGCUCCAAAGCCGCAGACAUUUAUGGGGGGAGCUGGACGUAUUACUCUCAAGAUUCCCAAAAGACCAGCUGAAAACGGAAGCUCCUCCCAACAUUAG